AACCCCGCCAUAUUCAAAGAAUUUAUACAGCAAGCGAAUAAGCAAGCAACUCAGAGCGAAAACUUUGAGAUAUUUCACUCUUCCUUACACAAAACAAAGUGCAAAGUAUUUCAAGUGCUAAUUCUACGUAAAUUUUGUGAGACAAAAUGGUUAAAGCUCCAGCAAUUGGUAUUGACUUGGGAACAACAUAUUCCUGUGUGGGUGUGUGGCAACACGGAAAGGUGGAAAUCAUCGCAAAUGAUCAAGGAAACAGAACAACACCAAGUUAUGUGGCUUUCACGGACACAGAACGACUCCUUGGAGAUGCUGCGAAGAACCAGGUGGCGAUGAACCCCAGCAAUACAGUCUUCGAUGCGAAACGACUCAUCGGAAGGAAAUUCGACGAUCCAAAAAUUCAACAAGACAUCAAACACUGGCCAUUCAAAGUCAUCAGCGAAAGUGGAAAACCCAAAAUCCAAGUAGAAUUCAAGGGAGAAAAAAAGGUAUUUGCACCAGAAGAAAUAAGCUCAAUGGUACUAACGAAAAUGAAAGAAACCGCAGAAGCAUAUCUGGGAACAACAGUGAGAGACGCCGUCAUUACAGUUCCAGCAUACUUCAACGAUUCACAAAGACAAGCAACAAAAGAUGCAGGCGUUAUAGCUGGAUUAAACGUUAUGAGGAUAAUAAAUGAACCAACAGCAGCUGCAUUAGCCUAUGGCUUAGAUAAGAACCUCAAAGGUGAGAGAAAUGUGCUCAUCUUCGAUUUGGGCGGAGGUACGUUUGAUGUAUCCAUACUGACAAUAGAUGAAGGAAGUCUGUUUGAAGUAAGAGCCACUGCUGGUGAUACACAUCUCGGUGGUGAAGACUUCGACAAUAGGCUAGUUAAUCAUCUGGCAGAUGAAUUCAGACGGAAAUUCAAAAAAGAUUUACGAACCAACCCAAGAAGCCUACGGAGACUAAGAACAGCAGCUGAAAGGGCCAAACGUACACUUUCAUCUAGUACAGAAGCAACAAUAGAAAUAGAUGCCUUGUUUGACGGAGUAGAUUUCUACACCAAAGUUACUAGAGCAAGAUUUGAAGAACUUUGCUCUGAUCUAUUCCGAGGCACAUUACACCCUGUUGAGAAAGCUCUGACGGAUGCCAAAAUGGACAAAGGAUCUAUUCACGACGUUGUAUUGGUUGGAGGCUCCACGAGAAUUCCCAAAAUCCAACAAUUAUUGCAAAACUACUUCUGUGGCAAAUCAUUGAAUCUUUCCAUCAAUCCCGAUGAAGCAGUAGCAUAUGGUGCAGCAGUCCAGGCAGCAGUAUUGAAUGGCGAGCAAGAUUCUAAGAUUCAAGAUGUACUUCUUGUUGAUGUCACCCCGUUGUCUUUGGGUAUCGAAACAGCAGGUGGGGUCAUGACGAAGAUCAUUGAGAGAAAUGCCAGAAUUCCAUGCAAGCAAACCCAAACGUUCACCACGUAUGCUGAUAACCAACCAGCAGUUACUAUCCAAGUAUUUGAAGGUGAACGGGUAAUGACAAAAGAUAACAACCUGUUGGGUACCUUCGACUUGACUGGCAUACCACCAGCACCUAGAGGUGUGCCUAAAAUUGAGGUAACAUUUGAUUUGGAUGCUAAUGGAAUUUUGAAUGUAUCUGCCAAAGACACUAGUUCCGGAAACUCCAAAAACAUCACCAUCAAAAAUGAUAAAGGAAGAUUGUCCCAGAAGGACAUCGAUAAAAUGGUGGCUGAUGCAGAGAAGUACAAAGAAGAAGAUGAAAAACAAAAACAGAGAAUUGAAGCUCGAAACAAACUUGAGGCUUAUGUAUUCCAACUCAAACAAGCCGUACAAGACUGUGGAAGCAAAUUGAGUGAAGAAGACAAGGCUACUGUAGAGAGAGAAUGUCAGAACUGUCUGCAGUGGCUUGACUCCAACACUUUGGCAGAGAAGGAUGAAUAUGAAGAUAAACAGAAACAGCUAACGUCCAUCUGCAGUCCCAUCAUGGCCAAGUUGUAUGGAGGUGCUCAAAAUGCAAAUAACUUCGGUGGAAUGCCUGGAAGUUGUGGACAGCAAGCAGGCGAAGGCUUCGGAGGCAGACAAGGACCUACCAUUGAAGAAGUCGAUUAAACUUUUGCAGCAUCAAACAUUCCCUCUUCAUCAUCCUAGCAUUUUCUGCAUCAGUUUAUUCGAUGAAGAGUGAAUUAUAAUGAAGAUUUUCUGAUUUUUCCAAAUUCUGUUUCUUUGAUCAAAUUCUUCCAUCUGUAUUUUUUCAAAAUUGUUGUUUAUUAACUUUAGUUGCAAUUUUUAACACCUUCAAUUUUAUUAAUUGAUUUUUCAAUAAAUUCUUUCAAACUGA